AAACACUCCACCAACAAAACAAAAUCUUUCUCUCUCUUUUUUUCUGUAAUGGAGGUUUCAGCGAGAAAGCCUUAUUUCAUUGAAGAAGACGAUGAUCUAGCUUCCUCUUUAUCAGAGAUGGAAGCUGGGUUUUCUGGUAAUAGUAGAAAUUCACAACACGGCGUGCUUCCGAGUCCUUUCGCUUACACGAGGAUGAAUAGUUUCAGCAAGAACACGAACCAUGGCUACAAUAACUACCCUCAGAGUUAUUAUUACAAUCAAUACUCUGUUUCAUCUCCUAGAUCUGUUGUGUCCGGAAGAUUCCAUGAUUUCAGAUUCGAUAACCAACAGCCUCAUUUCUUGGAUUCAUGUUUCCUCUGCAAGAAACCACUUGGUGAUAACAGAGACAUCUAUAUGUACAGAGGAGACACACCGUUUUGCAGUGAAGAGUGUAGACAAGAACAGAUAGAGAGAGAUGAAGCAGAAGAGAAGAAAAAGAAUCUGUCUUAUUCUGUGAAAUCAGCAAUGAGGAGGAAAGAACAACGAAGCUCCUCUUCUUCUCCUACUAGAUCUCGUCGUGAUUAUGCUUUUCACAACGGAGGCACUGUUGCAGCUGCUUGAAACUCUGAAUCUGAUUUAUGAGUUUUGAGAAUUUUAAUAAUAAUAAUUAAGUUCAAAAAAAGGGAAAAGUGAGAUUUUCUCUUUGAAGCUGGUUUUGGGAUUCUCUCUUUAGAUCUUUUUCCUUAAAGAUCAUUUUGCUUCAGCUUGAAGUUUGCAGGAAAAAGAGAAAGCUAAAGAUCCUUUAACUUCAGCUUGUUUUUUUUUUGUUUGUGGUUUUUGUUUUAACUUGAAAGUUUUGGGAGUUCAUAUGAGAAGAGAGAAAUUGUAAAUGCCUGUGUGAGUUAAUGUCCAUGGCAUGCUUCAGUAAAUUUUUCUUUGUUUUUUUUACGAAGAGAA